CGUGCCGUAUGAUAUAUAAUCCCGUGGACGAUCUAAUCUGUUUAGUCCCCCAACAAAGCGGGCUGAUCACCCGCAGCCAUCCAUGGCGCGGGCGCGGGCACGGGCACGCGUUGCGUCUCUCCGCCUGGACCAGCUCCAGCUUGCGGUGGCGGAGCUCCUCGCUGCGCGGGGGGCGAGCCUUGCCGGCGGCGGCGAGGCGGCGACGGUGGACGAGCUCCGCGCGCGCGAGGAGGACCUCACGAUGAUGUACGAGUUCAAGGUCCGGCGGUGCCCCCUCUCGCGGGCGCACGACUGGACGUCGUGCCCCUACGCGCACCCGGGCGAGGCCGCGCGGCGCCGCGACCCGCGCCGCGCCGCCUACGACGGCGACCCGUGCCCGGACUUUCGCAACGGCGCGUGCCCGCGUGGUGCCCGGUGCCCGCUCGCGCACGGGACGUUCGAGCUGUGGCUGCACCCGUCGCGCUACCGCACCCGGCCGUGCCUCUCCGGCAGCCUGUGCACUCGCCGGGUAUGCUUCUUCGCCCACAAUGACAGGGAGCUGCGGAUCGCGGGUGGUGCUGUCGACACGCUCUCGCCGAGGUCUCCAUCGACGACGUGGGAGUACUCACCUCCGGUGUCUCCGACGGAAGCGAAGUAUCAACUGCAGCCAGCCGAGCGAGCCAGCAUGGGCAUGGGCAUGGACAUGGACAUGGGCAUGGAUAUCCUUGCAAUGCAACUUAUAAAUGCGAGGGAUGUGAUGGAAGAGGAAGAGGAAGAGGAAGAGUCACGCGCGGAAUGGAUGCCUGAUCUUCUAAUGACUUACGCUUGAGAUGAGAUCUACAACUAUAUGAUUUGUUGUCAACGAAAAACAUUGUAUUCUGUGUUCUGUUUGUUGUCAACAAAUCCG